CGCACGCAACACAUUUGAAUUGCAAGUGAGCUCGCUCCUCUCCGCCACGGAGGGAGCGACUGAAAGAACAGGAGUGAUAAAGGAGAGCAGGACCGGAUGACAUUCGCACAGUGUUUGGCACCUGUGAGGGAGCGACAGGAAGGGUGAGGAGGGGCGAGAGGAGCUGGGACGGCCCUGGAGGGACGACUCGGCCCCUGAAGAGACACCUCCUGAAAGUGAGGCACCGCAUCCCGUGGGAGAUGGAGUGAGUGGAACACCAGACAACAACCUGCUGUCGCUCCUCCUCUCCAUCCUCACGCUCAUUUGAUCCCAUCCCUCACUCCCUGCACUGGAGAAGGAGCGCCUGCACUGAGAAGAGUCUGACACGUGGUGGCUGACAUACAGCACAGACACGGGAAAACCAGGGAUGGAACUCGUGUCACUGUCCUGGUGCCUCUGUGCCGUUUUGGCGUUGUUCUGCAGCACUUCAUGGCCCCGGGUGCACUCGGUUCUGGCACCUGAAAAUGAGGUGCCACUUCGCCCCAUUACAUGGUUACCAGAGGGAAAAAUGACGGUUGUAAACCUUUCCAAAGGACGAACUCGCAGGCUCUACUUCUCACUGAAGAAGAAAGCUCCGGCGAUGUCGGUGACUGUCAGUCCGUGUGACCGGCCGAUCGAAUGGAGCUUGGCGGCCCGAACCCUGAAGGACAAACCCCUCAAGACUCUUGCAUGGAGCACCAAAACAAGCAUGCCGGAGGUUUGGUGGCAAGGUCCUGGGACAGAGGAGAAAAUCCACAGCUUUACAGGCAACGCGGUGGACACUUACGCGGGUCCCAGCUAUUCCCACGCUUCCAUCUACAUCAUUAAACUGAGGUCCAAAGAGCUCAACACUAAAGUUAUGGUGUAUCUCCACGAAGGUCUAGGAUUCUCAGGCGCCUUCCCCCAGCUUCCCGCUGACCCACGAGUUCACACAUUAGGUAUUGGAAUGACCAGCGUCACCCUCAGCUGGGCACCCAGCACCCCCUCGGUUAAUCACCGGCAUUAUGAUUACUGCGUGCUUGUCAACUCAAAGCACAACUACCCGAGCCUUUGUGCCGCCCAAGAAAGCAUCAUGAGAAAGAAAAACCAGGUGCAAGACAGUAAGGCGAAGCAGAGGAGCAGGGUCACAGCAUGGCCCAUUCUGAAAGAGUGGUGGUGGCAGCAAUGGGAUGUGUACGCGGAGCCUCAAGCGCCACGCCUCUCACUCAUGGACGAGCAUUCCGACGUGCCCUGUGUGUGCAGGGGGACCGACAGAGUUUGUACCGUCUCUGAGCUCCUGCCUGAUACCCUUUACUACUUUGAUGUUUUUGUAAUCGACAAAUUAAACGGGACCAGCGCCGCGUACAAGGGGACAUUUGCUCAGACACAUGAGGAGGCUCGGUUAGCGGUCACCCUGCUCAGAGAAGGAGAGUUGAGAUGGGUGAACUUCCACGAUAGAGGUUCUAACUCAGACCAGUUCUUCAGCUUCCGCCCUCGCGGUUGGCAGCAGAGUGGCCUCCUCACUCUCCAGAGCUGCGGUGCAGGCAAGAAGGUGAAAGUCACAGUGUCCAGUAAAGAUCAUGUUUUAACCUCUCAGGAUGUCGGGGGGGAUUUGGUACAGAUUUGGCUGCAAGGAAGUCCUUCGUACCUUAUCCACUUGGAGACAGAAGGCACCAGCACAGCGCAGGUUCCGGUUUCUGCAGGAGGUCUGACAGCUUCAGUCAAAAUGCAGACGUCCUCAGCGUAUCACCGCAGAGGAGUCCCGUCUCUGCCAUCCACGUUACAGAUAAAAUCCUUCAACCGGUUGCGUAGCUGCAACAGUGUCACACUGGCCUGGAUGGGCACAGAGGAAAGGAGUCUAUACUGUGUGUACCGCCGAAAGCUGGGGCAACAAGAAGCAGAGGCAGGAGCAUCAUCAGCUCUAACUGCACCCUGUCUGGGACCAGAGUCCCGCUCUGACACUGAGAGGGUUCUCUGCAAAUAUUUCCAGGAGCUGAAUCCUCAGCGGGCCGUCACAACGGCUGUGAUCAGGGCUCUGGAACCAGGGACAGCCUAUGUCUUUGAUGUCUACCUAAUGAGACGCUGGGGGAUCCCAAUCAAGUAUGCCAGCAAAAUGGUGAAGACCAGAAAGGAAUGCUGAGCUGCUGCGCCCCCUACAGCAGGGUUUUGGGCUUUUCCAAUUUAAGGGAAAAGGCAUGGGCCAUGGACACGAAGUAAAGACUGAACAUGAGGACAAAGUCAUUCACGUGAUGUGGAGAAACUGUGACAAUAAGAGGGUAAUAUAUCCUCUGGAGGAAUGACGGUUAGAUGUAGGAGGUCUUCCCAUGCAAAUGGAACGCGUGAGGAGACGGAUCCACACACCAGCAAACUUUCAUAACAUGUACACAAAUCUUGUGCUUUUCAUCUUCUGUUUCCUUGUUGUUGAUCAUGAUAAUGACGUGCCAGUUUGUCAAGUGCUUAUUUUUGUGUGUGAGUACAAAAAACGGACAGAUGAGUUUGGUAGUGAUGGAGAGCAAAUACGACAGCAAAGAUGGUGCCAAAUAUGCAACAGAAGCAGAUGGGACACUAAUUUGAGGUGGGGAGUUGCAGUGUAUAUCUUUAGUGCUGCACAUUGUACAGGCUUCCAGACACAGAUGGGUGCAGUCGACAGACGCUUAGUUCAAAGUCAGUGUGUAUCUUUGUGUUCUGUUGUCGCAUGAAGCAGUAAAAAUACUUAGUGACCUGCCUCAUUGUCUUUGAUGUAUUCUCGUGCUGCUUCAAAUGUUCCAACAAAUACUCGAGCAUCUGUACUAUAAAGCGUGAUGCAUGUGUGUAAACUGGACUAUAAAUUUGGAUUUUCUUGCAAA